AUUGUUGUAUGGGGGUGUAUUCAUGCAGGGGGUACCUUCCCUUCAUCAUAUAAUAGUGGGCAGGGCACUGUAUGACGGGUCCUGUUUCACUUUAAUACAGCAGACUCUCUCCUGAGAUGUUUACUACGGAUAUAUAAUUUGUGAACUUCUCUUCUUGCAGUGCACGGGAGUGUAGGAACAUUCUUGAGUGUUGUUUUUCACCUUCUGUAAAAUGCUUUGAUAGAGUGUAUAUAUCGCUACCCUGCUGUACAUUUCGAGUUGGUUUGUUUCUUGUGAAAUAUACAUGUGUGACAUUCUUGAGUGCAGUGUCCAUUACAGCAGGGGAAAGUUCAGAUUUGGCUUGUUGAUUGCUAGCUGUGCUUGAUACUUACCUCCUGCAGAGUAUAUACUUUGAGUCAUAGUGCAUCAUGUAAGGAGUGUCCGACUCUGAGAAACGCAUAGAAAUUACCAUGGAGUGCUGUGGAAGCUGUUUUCCAAGGUCCAAGAAGUCUUUUAAGACUAGUGGUAUCCCUGCUGAGCCUCCCAGUCAUACCAAAGCACCAUCUGUGCACCGAACCCCACCUAGCAACGGAUCUACUACCACUCAUUCUAAUGGAGCCCCACCCUCCCCUUCUAACAGCUUUUCAUCUACCAGCUUUUCAUCUACCCAUAGCGGAGGGGAAGCACCCAGGGCUACGGGGCAGAGAACAUUGGAAAUUACAUUACCAGCUGGUACCACAAUCACAUCCACGGUGGAUGCAAAAUUACAAAUGAUGGAUCUCUUAGUGAUGAUAGCGGCCAAGAACAAGCUGAACCCGACAGGUCAUGUGAUCUUACCAGCCACAGCAGACAGAACAGAUAUCGCACAGUUUAAAGCAAGCCAACGGAUUGGUGAACUGGAUACAACCAUACUUCAAAUAGUUCCCAAGCUGAGCCGAGGAGAGAUCAUAUCAAUAAGAACAUCAGAUAAAAAGAAAGCUGCACAAUUUGAGCAAACUGUCCGUCUGACAGUGCUUUCUGGUAAGAACCACAAAGCCUUGUUCCGAGUGAAUCCAGAGAAACCUAUCCAAGACUUCUUGCCGCAGGUAUACGAGGAGAGGGGCAUCGAAGCCAACGAAUGCAGACUACGUCUUGUUAAAACCCCAGAGGAAGACAUCGAUUACUCCAAAAGCCUCAAUCACUAUGGUGGGGUCAACGAACUUGUCCUUAUCGAUUUAAGACCGCCACCCCCACAAGAGCCAGAACUUGUCCCUAUUGAGAAAAAGAAAAAGAGUAUGUUUGGAAGGAAGAGCAAGAAAAAGGGUGAAGGGGAACCGUUAUCUUUAACACCCACUAAGGAAGCAGCACCUCCAGAACCGUCUCAAGCACCACCAGCAGCCAGGCAACCAUCACUAGACAGUACGGAGGGUACCGACAACAAUACCCUUAAGAAGAGACGACCUGCACCCCCUCCUCCUGGUGGUAAGAAGGAACCCACGCAUGAUGAACAAUUACUCAAACCCACUAUGGAGGGCGUGUCACGCUCGGCUCAAGGCGUGUCGAAAAAGAGGCGAGCACCUGCACCCCCACCGGCAGGGAGUGCACCACCUGUACCCUUAGUAGCGGAUCCUAUUCCCGAGGUCACUGUUAAUCAUGGAAGUGAGUCGCCGUCUCUGUCCGAUCAGGGUAGACACAUCUCAUUUGGAGCCACGGAAGUGAUUGAAUCACCCCUGAGCACGCCGACAUCCACACCCGCAGACACACCCGCAGACACACCCGAAUCCACCCUUGAAAGGAGGAAGAAGGAUGGUGGGGAUGCUACUGCUACCGGUGAUGAUAUCCAAGUAGAAGUUAGUCUGGCUGAGUUGGAUGAAGCUUUGACUAACGAUGCAACAGCAGAGCAAGAGGUCAGCAUGUCUCAAGUCAACAUUGCCAGUAUCGAUCAAUCAGUGCCAGAGGAUCCAGAGUCGGGAGAGAAAGUUCGGAUUGAUUCGACCAAUCAGGAUGAAGAUACGACAGAGGCUAGUACAGAUGAAACACAAGCCAACCAAUCAGAGCAAACAGCAGAUGACAACAAAGCAGACACUACUACUGACAUAAAAGAGAAGAGAGCUGCUCUGACUAAAAUGAUGAAACUAAGUCUGGAUGAGGAUAGCAAAGAGACUACUAGUUACUCUCCAACCCCUCAAGGGGAAGACUCUGAGAGUAUGUUGGAAGAGAAGUCUCUGACGGCUUUGGCAGGCGGAGUCACCAGAGAAGCAGUUGGUGCUCAAACACUGCAUGUGAAUAAAGACAAGACCAAAGACACGGUAGAGGAAUCUCUUAGUUUGGAGAAAGAAAAAGAAGAGGAAACAGUGGAAGAGAAAGAAAAAGAAAAGAAAGAAGGUGAAGAGAAGACAAAUGUAGAAGAGAAGAAAGAUGUGGAAGUGAAUGAAGUUACCAAGCCACAAGAUGAAAUUGCCAAAGCGGAACAGCCCAAUAUGGAGCAGUUAGCAGAACAAUAUAAACAACUUCAGCAACAAAUGGCUAUGUUGCAGCAACAGUUGGUCCUGAACCCUACCUCAGCCUCAGCUCCCAUGCAGAUGAACCCUGCAAUGGCAUACCAGACACAACAGAUGCAACAAAUGCAGCAACAGAUGAUUUUACAGCAACAAAUGUUUAUGCAGCAACAGCAACAGGCGAUGGGGGGUUAUGUCAUGGUUCCCCAGCCCGGUGGGGGUAAUGUAAUGGUUCCCGGCCAGCCCGGUGGGGGUAUGAUGAUGUCCCCACCACAGAUGAUGUACACUCCCAUGGGUGUGCAACCUCUGCCUGCCUAUGGGCAGGUCGCUCCACCUCAAGCUGUCGCCACUCCUGCCGUUGAUCAACAAGACUCUCCAGCGAAGUCAGUCGCGGAUGAAACCGAUUCAGGCGUUAAAGAAGAACCUAAGGAGACAUCAAGAGAUCAGCCAGAUGAGGUAACGCAACAAGAAACUCCAUUAAAGCCUCCUACGGAUCCACAGGCUACUGCAAGUGGCAGACGGAAUGUGUUUGCGGAUAUCCUCAAGAAGAAGAACGCUCCCAAAUCCUCCUAUGUUCUGUCUGCCCAGAGAGAGGCUCAGAGACAACGCAGCGACUCCAAUUCCUCCUUAACCUCCUCUACAUCCUCCAAAGAAGGAACAGCUGCUGCAGCUCUCUCUGUUGAAACCCCAAAGCUUGAGUUAAGAACUGAAACGAGUCCUACCAGACAUGAUUCCCCUGUCACCAAUGGUCUUUCACCCACCUCAUCCGAACCUUCUGUUUCCUCUGUAGAGGAUCCCCCCACCUCCCCACCCAUAGCAACAUCCUUGUCUAACAACUUUUCCCUUAAUAUAAGCAAUAAUAAUACAUCCAAGACAAUGACAUUGAAUGCGGAGACCUCGCAGCCUGAAGCAACCAAGGAUACACCAACUUCACCACCACCAGCAGCACCAAUCAGUAGCCAGGGGAGUAGGAAAGUACCUCCAGCCAUCAGACCUAAACCGCAGAAAGGACCACGCCCCUUCAGACCAGCUUCCACGUACGGCAAGGUAUCAGCACCAGAGAAUGAAGAGGGUUACUCUUCUUCGCACGUGAGGAAAGUUACAGACCUCAGAAGUAUGUUCAUGCUGGGGAAGUGAAGACGCUACCUCUGAGAUGCGACCAAACAGAAUCCACAAGAUUUUAACACAACCUUGUUUCACAAUCGAGCUUGCCUGAAAAACACUUCUAAGACCAGCCUUUAAAAAAGAUACUCUAAACAUAG